AUGAAAGACAAUAAAACAGCAAGACCUUAUCCGACACCAACAAUGCGAAGAAGAAAGACAGAAUCCUUCUUUUCUUUUGAAAUGGGUCCUCAAUUUACAGAUACAAAACAAUUUUAUGAGUUAUGCAGCAUGGAUCAAUCCAACAAUUACCAAGUAAAUCUUUAUGCUAAAAUGGAUAGAGGAUUUUUUAGAGCAGAUCAAGACUGGACUUGUUAUCGACGUAACUAUUUUCAAAUUAGCUCUGUAUUUCAAAUCCAAAGCAUGAAUUACGAACUACGCGGUCCGGAAGUGCCUUGUUUGUUAAGAAAACCACAAGAACUAUUGCAAGUGGAUUAUUUCUCGAUUGGUAUCAGUGCUCGUGUAACAAACAAUGACAAGAAAAUUGAUUUGGUUCAACAUACACCGAAGCGAGACAAAGGUCCCCAAAUGGUACCUGAGCCUCGUCCUGUGCGUGCAGGUGGUAAUCUUCAUCUGGCUUCUGUGGGUUCCAACCAUAACAUUGCCACCUUUGAACGAUUACAGUUCAAGACAGCCACAGCUAACAACGGCAAACGACGUGCUGCUCAACAAUACUAUGAGAUCGUGGUUGAUUUGAUAGCUCAUAUGGCUCAUCAUCCACCGCUCUGUGUGGCUUCUUGUGUUUCUGAACCACUUGUGGUGCGCGGCAGAAGUCCUGGUCAUUAUUCAGAUUCGCAUACUCGGUUUAAGCAUAUGGAACCAACACUAGAAGCCAUGUCUUCGCCAUCACAGAAAUACACUAACAGUUUGCCUAGUUCUCCUAUGAGCGAUUUAGGUCCUUAUUCACCUUACCAUGGAUACCCUUAUCCUUCUUUAUCUACAGGCUAUUCGAUGAUGAACCCACCCAUGCCCCAGUAUCCUAACAAUCCAAAUCAAGAGGCAUCGUAUUUUCAACAGGUAAGUAAACUAGGAGUUAUGAUGCUCUAUUGA